UUGACGGACUAAAGUGCAUUGCGAAUUAUAACUGACUUGUGCAAUCAGGUUACUGUACCAUCAUUGUGUAACUUUUGGAACUGUGAUGAGGUUUACAGUGUUUCACAGAGCAACUGAUGUAGCAAAGACAAGAACGCUUUGAAAAGAGGGAGCCCAGAACUGGACACAGUACCCCAGAAGAGGCCUCACCAACAUCCUGUACAACCUCAACAGCCUGUUCCAAUCCUGUACUCAAGGUCUGAGUAAUGAAGGAUGUGUACUCCCACAGCACUGACUGCCCUCCAGAAAGCAGAGGAGAUAGAAAAAUUAAUCAAUAAAAGCCAUGAGGCCAAGUCAUUUGCAUAUUGUCCGUACAGCAAGUUUCCAGUAGGAGCUGCUUUAUUGACUGAGGAUGGACAAGUGUUCACAGGCUGCAACAUUGAAAACGCAUGUUUCACAGUGGGAGUCUGUGCUGAAAGGGCAGCCAUUCAUAAGGCUAUCUCAGAAGGUUUCCGAAAAUUCAAGGCAAUAGUUAUUUCCAGUGAUAAAUCAGACAAUUUUAUUGCUCCAUGUGGUGCAUGCAGGCAAGUCAUGAGAGAGUUUGGAACUAAGUGGGAAGUAUACUUGACAAAACCAGAUAAGUCCUAUAAGACAAUGACUGUUGAAGAACUCUUGCCAAUGUCUUUUGGACCUCAGGACCUGCCAACCAAAUAGCGAAGAAUGUGAAAUAAUUCACAACAACCACCUUCUGCUCCAAACAAUAAUAAGGAACCCUCAGCUUUAUUCUUAUUGCGUAUUAGGCAUUUUCUAAUCCAUUCAAUUACCAACUAAAAUGUGUCCAGAAAAAGUGGCAUGUUUCUGAAUUUGACGCUUGACAUAACAUUCAAACUACGCCCCUGAAACUUCAACUUGUCCUGCAUUGAUAAAAUGCAAUAAAAUAAAUGUAUUUCAUCCAAGAUUAUGAACCUGAUGAACUAAAAAGAACAGAUCAGAACAAGGAAACAAACGAGAAAAAGAUUCCAUCAAAUAGUGCUCACAUCAGAGCAUAACUUGGUAUUUAGCACCAUGCUCCAUCUGUCCUGGGAGUGCUUGAUGAUGGGUCAGUGCCAACUGACUUUCACUUUACUUUCAAUUUAAAAUAAAUAUAGGGAGGCUUACUCUCUAUCUAACUUC